AAUGGCAAAGAAUGCAAAUGACGAUGGUGGUGGGGAUGAUACUAGUUUUACUUUCAGCUGGAAAAUGUUCACAAGCUGGGACUACCUGAUUGGCAAUCCUGAGACAGCAGAUAAUAAGUUUGCCUCCAUCACAACAAGCUUUAAGGAAUCUAUCUUGGAGGAGCAGGAGAGCCGAAAAGAGGAAAAUAUUCACUUGACUCGAUUCCUGAGGGUUUUUGCUAACUUCUUAGCCCUAUGCACACUUGCUGGGAGUGGCUACCUCAUCUUUUUUGUUGUCAGAAGAUCCCAGCAAUUUGCCUUGGAAGGUCUGGAGAACUACGGGUGGUGGGAAAGAAAUGAAGUGAACAUGGUUAUGUCACUUUUAGGAAUGUUCUGUCCAACUUUAUUUGAUGUAAUCAGUUCUCUGGAAAAUUACCACCCUCGAAUAGCUCUAAGAUGGCAGCUUGGACGAAUCUUUGCUCUUUUUCUUGGAAACCUCUACACUUUCAUAAUCGCCCUAAUGGAUGAAAUCAAUCUCAAGUUGGAAGAAGAAAAGAUAGUCAAGUAUAACAUGACAAUAUGGGAAGCCAGUCUGUACAAUGGUACUAUUCCAGAAAAUUCGACUGCUCCUCCAAUACAGGUGGACCCUGCAGAUGUUCCCAGAGGGCCAUGCUGGGAGACAAUGGUGGGACAGGAAUUUGUGCGCCUGACAGUCUCUGAUAUGAUGACAACAUACAUCACUAUUCUAAUUGGUGAUUUCUUGAGAGCUGUCUUCGUUAGGUUUUUCAAUUAUUGCUGGUGCUGGGACUUGGAGUAUGGAUUUCCAUCAUAUUCAGAGUUUGAUAUAAGUGGAAAUGUGCUGGGACUGAUCUUUAACCAAGGCAUGAUCUGGAUGGGAUCUUUUUAUGCUCCAUGUCUCCCAGCAAUCAACGUGUUCCGCCUCCACACAUCAAUGUAUCUGCAGUGCUGGGCUGUGAUGUGCUGCAAUGUCCCCCAAGAAAGGGUCUUCAAAGCUUCCAGAUCCAAUAACUUCUACAUGGCCAUGCUGCUUUUCAUCCUCUUUCUCUCCACACUACCUGUUGUGUACACCGUUGUCUCCAUUCCACCGUCAUUUGACUGCGGUCCUUUCAGUGGGAAGAUUAGAAUGUUUGAAGUCAUAGGAGAAACUCUGGAGCACGACUUCCCUUCCUGGUUUAGGAAGCUAUUUGGUUAUGCCUCUAACCCUGGAGUCAUCCUACCCUGUAUAUUGCUGAUGGUCCUGAGUCUUUAUUACCUCAACGCGACAUCCAAAUCCUACAAGGAAGCUAACUCGGAACUUAAAAAGAAGUUACAAACAAGCAGAAGAAAAUAA